AUGAAGUCCUCCCUGACUGAGGAGAGAAAAACCCCCACCUGCAUCCCCCAGGCCCCACUAGCAGCCCCAGCCGACCCCCAAGAACCACCCUUACCACCAUCCCCAGAACCAGCCUUACCCGCCCAGGCCCCACCAGCCCCGGCCAACCCAGCACCAGCCCCGGCCAACCCAGCACCAGCCCCGGCCAACCCAGUACCAGCCCCUGCCAACCCAGCACCAGCUCCGGCCAACCCAGCACCAGCCCCGGCCAACCCAGCACCAGCCCCGGCCAACCCACUUCCACUCCUUGAGAGUCAGGAGGACACCACCACUUCCACAGCUAUAUUUCCAGACCUCCCCGCAGAAGCCCCGGCCUCCUUACCUCCACCUCCAGGCCCUGGGAAGGACUCCACCUCCACCCCCGUACCCUGUGAAUCCAGACCCAGGAGCUCAGACUCUGACGGAGCAUUCGAGACGCCAGAGUCGACCACCCCUGUCAAGUCCCCCACGGAGACAGACCCUCAUAUCCAGCUGCUGACCUCUGAAGACACCGGUCUUGGCUGUGACUCUGAGGCAGACGGUGAACCCGGGUCAGAGGCUAAAGGUCACCAUGGUAGCUCCCUGUCCAUAGUCUUUGACGAGGACAAGCCCAUAGCUGCUAGCGGAGCCUAUAACCUAGACCAGCUCAUAGCUGCUGCUGCUGCUGCUGCUGAGGCCCAGAGCCGAUCAACUCUAACCCGCUCUCUGAGCCUCCAGGCUGGGGAGCUAGAUGGCUCCGGCCCCCUAGACGGCGGAGGAUCCUCCAUCUCAAUCGGAGACUCCCGUCCCUUAGCUGAGGCCUUUAGUGUUGACAGUGGUACUGAGAGUGCUCCAGGGACUCUGCGCAGACCCUCCAAGAAGGGGCCUCUCCGCCCAGGCGGCUCCCUGAAAAAGAAGCCUCUCCCCAGGCAGAGCUCUAACCUAGAGAGCCCCCAACUGCCGUCCUCCGGAACCACACCGGAGCUGGAGAAGAGUGCCGAGCCCACCAGAGCAGCCAGACCCCUAUUGGUCUCUGAGGAUCUGGAAGCAGGAGGAGCCACAGUAGACUCCGCCUCGCUCACUGAAGAGACCAAUCACACUAGCCCAGAGACAGAUAAUCAACUAAUCCUGGCCCCUACUUCUAUUCUGACUCCGACCCCAGCUAUCUCUAUACCCAACCGGCAGGAGGACACCCCCAUCUCUGUGCCGGAGGCCCCCCCAGGCAGCGAAGGCUCUCCCCUGAGUGGGACCUACAAAUGGGACCCAGACAACUUUGAAGACAUCGCCCCAUUCAACAACGGAGGGAGUAAAGUCGCUAACUCCCCGCCGUUGGGUAGUAAAGGAGGCGUGCUGUCCGUUGUCUCUAACCCCCCAGAGCCCCCUAACGCCGAGUCAACUCUUCCCUCAACCAGCCCCCCUAUUCGAACCUCAGGGGCGGUCAGACUGGAGUUUGACUAUUCUGAGGAGACCCUCGAGGAGCCUCCCAAGGCCUCUCCACCACCCAAGAAGCUGGGCAAAAAAGCAGGCUCCAAGAUGCCUCUAAGGAAGCCCAGGAUGGGUCUGAAGAAGGCCGUCCAGCCCCCAUCUGAACCCCUAGACAACAGCCUAAUCCCCGAUGACAUCCCCGUCUCUAAGCCCUCCUAUAACUCUGACCCGGCUCAGUGGGACGACCCUAACUUCAACCUGUUCGGCUCUAACAGUGGGAUCCCUAUCUCUCCCGAGCUGAACAAACGCUCCUAUAGUUUUGACUCUGACACCUUCAAUGAGUCAGCUGUCAACUCCUUCAAGGGUUCGUCCAAUAGGACGGCUGCGUUUCCACCCAAGGCUGCCUCUGGCUCCGCCUCUUUCGAGGUGUCGGCCAAUGAUGACGAGGUUGAUAACGAUAACGAUGAAGUUAGGGAGCUGGAGGACCACAACCAGAACAAACCGGCCAAGACCAAGAAGAAACCAAUCAAAUCGUGCACCCCUUCUCCAAGGGAAAGAGAACAGUCACACGGUAGCACCUCCUCUAUUGAGGAGCAACAGAGUAAUACUUUCAGAGUCAAGAGGUCCCCAAAGAGAUCGCCCAUGUCUGAUGUAUCAUCACAAGAGCCCACCCCAGUAGAUGAAGCUCAGCCUCCUAUCCCCCCGCUACAGGACGACCACGCUACAGACGAAGAGAAGCUGGCCUCUUCCUCCAAUCAAAAAGAGAAGCUGGUCUCCUCAGCCAACCACAAGUGGGCAUCCAGGGAGGCAGAGAUAACCUCUGACCCCCAUGAGGACUUCCCUCAACCCUCUGACCUCACAGCCUUUGUCAACAGUCGAAUGUCCGACUAUGAGAUUGAGUACAUGGAAAAGAUUGUCUCUUCUUCAUCGCCGCUGUCUGCGAAGAAACCUUCUGCUCUCUACUUGAAGCUAGACUCUGUGACAGACAGCCUGACCAAGCCUAACCACGGAUCAGAACCCAACUCUCCCUGCACAGGGAGCUUUGAGGAGAUAGAGGCCCAGAUCACAGCCCAGAUGAAGACCCCGGUGCUGGGCUCUCGGCCCGGUCCGGAGGGGUCUCGGCCCGGUCCGGAGUGGUCCGCUGGAGAGAAGGAGAAGACCAGGAAGAGAGAGAGCCAGUCACUCAGCCGGACACAGAGCACAGACAGGGAUCAUGGACUGCUACCCACCCAGGGCCCUGUGGAGGUCCUUGCCCCAAACGCACCCCACUUAACCAGGCUGUCUGAGUGCCCUGACCCCCUGGUGCACCUGGAGGCUGUGGAGCCUCACCUGGCAGAGACCAACCCCACUGCCUUCGCACUCAAACUACAGCAGAGAGACAGAGAAGUGAUGUCAUCAACAGUGGACAGGGACAGCAUGGUGACCAAGAAUUGCCUUUACACCCGGACGGCGAGCUACGGAGACGGGGAGAGGGAGAGCCCCUACCUACCCAAAGACCUAGAUUACUCUCUGGGCAUCGCACGAGAAGAGAUCGUGUCCAAGGAGAAGGAAGUACUGGAGUGGCAGAGGAAGUACGAGGACAGUCGACAGGAAGUGCUGGAGAUGAGGAGAAUCGUGUCAGAGUAUGAGAAGACCAUUGCACAGAUGAUUGGGCUGCCAGACGAUGAGCAGAAGGAUAAGUCUCUGUCUCACCACACCAUCCAGCAGCUGACCGUAGAGAAGGACCAGGCUCUUUCAGACCUCAACUCAGUAGAGAAAAGUCUGGCUGAACUGUUCAGACGAUACGAGAAGCUGAAGGACGUCCUCGAGGGCUACCGCAAGAAUGAGGAGGUGUUGAAGAAAUGUGCUCAGGAGUACCUGUCCCGGGUGAGGAAGGAGGAACAGCGUUACCAUGCCCUGAAGAUCCAUGCUGAGGAGAAACUAGACAGGGCGAACUCUGACAUCGCCCAGGUGAGGAUGAGGGCUCGUCAGGAGACAGCAGCAUACCAGGCCUCUCUCAGGAAGGAGACCAUGAAGGUGGACUCACUGGAGAGAACCCUAGAGCAGAAGAACAAAGAGAUCGAAGAGCUGACCAAGAUCUGUGACGAGCUGAUCGCCAAGAUGGGGAAGAGCUAGCAACGCUGAACACGUCCUGCCCAUGUCUCCAGGGCCUCAGGGGGACUGAGUGGUCGAGGAAAACAGAAGAAGCAGAGAGGAAGUUUCCUUCUACUCCCAUCCCUGGACAGAUGGAUUUGACGGACAGCUGAGGAUGUUCGACACUACUGACAGACUAUUUCCAUGUAUCUACUGGCAACAUCGCCCCCAAGAGUAUUGGAGGGUAACUCCUGGUCAAUGGCUUCCUCACCAUGUACAGUUUGAUGUGCCAAUGUGUACCACGUAUCCUGUAUCAAUGGUUUGGUGAAAGGGACUUAAAAAUGGUUGUCAUGAAUGAGAGAGAGAGUGUGUGGGUCGUGGGUCGUGGGUCGUGGGUCGUGGGUCGUGGGUCGUGGGUCGUGGGUGGUUGUGUGUGUGUGUGAUAGAAAGAAAGAGCAUUGAUUAAAGACAUCAAAUGAUGU